AUGGCGGUGGAUAUUAACGAUACGUUUGGCGCGGGGUUCAUCGGGGGUAUGGUGACUGCGAUCUUGUAUGGCAUCACGACUCUGCAGACAUAUCUGUAUUAUGUGUAUUACCCCAGCGACACCAGCAGUCUGAAACUAUUGGUUGCGCUCAUCUGGGUCAUGGACACUUUACAUGUCUCCCUCAUGUGUCAUGCUCUAUAUUACUACCUUGUAACGAGUUUUGGUGACCCGGCUAACCUUGGCAUUGGGGUCUGGUCUCUUUUCACAUCGCUCGGUCUGAACGCAACUGUGCAUGGCCGUCCUCGUGCAAACAUACUUUGCUUUUCGAAUAUGCCAUCUCACCCGGUCCAAGAUUCGAUGGUGGCUGACAUGCUUUAUCGUAAGCUUAAGCUCUCGGGUUCAUAUGGUGGUUUGGCACUGAGUGGUGUUUUGUCAUUUCAAGAUGUUGUUCGUCAUUGCACACUUCGAAAUACAGCGUUUGGAUUGGAGACAGUCAUCCUCAUGUUCAUCAAGAAGGAAUUCAGCGCGCUUUCGGAGAUCACUCUCUACGCCGCCACGCCAUUUGCCAUCACUGCGGUUUUGUCUGAUGUCUUCAUUGCUGCGGCGCUGUGCGUGCUUUUGCAUGGCAAUCGCAGUCCUAUUAUUGAGACCAACGCACUCGUUAAUACGUUGAUCAUAUACGCUAUCAAUCGUUGUUUGCUGACUUCAGUCGUUGCUGUGGCCGAAGUCAUCGCUUUUUCUAUCAGCCCAGGCAGUUUAUGGUUCAUCGCGAUAGAUUUUGUCAUCGGAAAGCUAUAUGCCAAUUCCCUCCUUGCAUCACUAAAUAGUCGGAGUGCCCUACGAGGGCGCAACCACACUCACGCUGACAGUACGAAUUUCCGCAUCAAUACCAUCAAUCUUGGUGCCCUACAGUCCUCAAGCGACGGGGAUAGCAGCGGAGGCGUGCAGAGUAAAGCGACCACCAGCACUGUCUCCGCUCGUGCCCAUGUAAAAUCACUUCCAGGUGGGGAUACCGACCUGUUUGAGAUGGGGAACCCGGACAGAGGCGAAGUCUGAUGCUUUUGUGGCUUCAUAUCCUCGUUGCCUGCCGACGUAUCCCCAUGCGCUACCAUAGAACGCUGUUUUUUUCCUUCGCCAUCAUCAUUAUCAUCGCUCAUCAUUAUUUAUCAUCAUCAUGGAAUUGUUCAUUGCUGAUAUCCCUAGCACUUCUGCUGAAUCUCAGUAUCACUCUCGCGCGCCUUUCUUGUACUCUCGUAUCUCGAUACCCCCAAAAAAUAAACUUAUUUUCAUUAA